GGAAAACAUUAUAACACUUUUGAAUUGACAACUGCGCUGAAAGAGAUUUUUAUAAACCUAUGACUUUCAGAACAGUGUCUUCACUUUUUUUUUAGGAGAUUAGGAGAACAUAAAAAAAAUUGACUAGAUUACACGUUUUUGAAUUAAACGUUGUAGCAUUCAGGGAGUCUGGUGAAUACAAUUUAGACUAAUCCGUUUUUGACCUGACUCCAACCCAGUAGGUGGCGAUCGAGUUCCAGUAACGUUAGAUGCCGGCCGCCAUUUAGCGUUGUGGAAACGAAGCAGCUGCUUGCGUUGUCGCGUUGACGUCACACAAACCACUUCCGUUGUUCAUGUUCACUGUCCUGGCGGGAGUAAAAAAAAAAAGGAAAAGCUAUCCUAAUUUACAACAAGAGUGAACGUCAUAUUUUUUUAAGAUAGCAACAAAGAACAAUUGUGAACUCACGGCAAUUCUGCAGUUUGUGAACAGUUAGUUGGAUAUUUACCAUCUUAAACAACGCCAGUGUAGGAAUGGCCAAGGUUCAGGUGCUGAAUGUCGCUGUAUUGGACAAUCCGAGUCCUUUCGGAAAUCCGUUUCAGUUCGAGAUCACGUUCGAAUGCAUGGAGGAUUUGCCAGAAGAUCUGGAGUGGAAAAUCAUCUACGUUGGGUCAGCAGAAAGUGAGGAAUACGACCAAACCCUGGACUCGGUGUUGGUGGGGCCCGUGCCCGCAGGCAGACACAUGUUUGUCUUUCAGGCCGACGCCCCCAACACAGGUCUUAUCCCAGAGAGUGAUGCUGUGGGCGUUACCGUGGCGCUCAUCACCUGCACGUACCGCGGUCAGGAGUUCAUCCGCAUCGGUUACUACGUCAACAACGAGUACACAGACCCUGAACUACGGGAGAACCCACCCCUCAAACCAAACUACACACAGCUCCAGAGGAACAUUCUGGCGUCCAACCCGCGUGUCACCCGUUUCCACAUCAACUGGGAAGGCAGCUCUGAGAAGAUGGAGGACUGUGAGAACGUCGACCCCUCCCCCAACAGCAGCAGCAUGCUUCCUCCUUCCUGUCUGCCCGGCAAAGCUCCGCCCCUGGGCGUCAUGCCAGACAACUCCAUGGAUUGUCUGUAGGACACACACAAGGAUACAGACUUUCUUUCGAAUGCAACACCCACACACAGACAUGAACUAUUCGACACAGCCCUAGCAGGUUGUGGGUGUCGAACACAACAAGUCACAAACGAGAGAUGGCGUCUUUAUUGUGAACACACGCAAUGAUAGGCACAUCCUUUUUUUUUUUUUAAGUAACAAACACACAAAACAAAAGUGUAGUGCAAACACACAUAUACUCACAGUCACCUGCAUUACCUUCCCCCGGCUGUUGCAUCAAGCCCUGGUCAGACAGGUGGUCCACCUGGCCACUAGGAGGUGCUGUCUCCACAGCCAGAACCUUCCUGUGUGUCAUUACUACCCUGACUACUCUGCUGGCUCCGCCCUCCCUUCAUGGCUGCGCCCUCCCUUCCUGUCUCCCUGAACCCCUCCAACACGGCCUCCUAGAGACAUCUACUGGCCAGGUGAGAGCCUGGGCUUCUGCAGAGCCUCUUAUUUCAUCUUUUCCAGGGGAGAAGGGGGUAGCGUAGGGUGCUGUCACCCCACACACACACACACACCCUGUCGUUUGCCGCCACUCCAACACCGGUCACAACUUACUGGAUUGGUGUUAGCAGCCGUCUGAUGACUACUGGAAUGGGGAUGCACUUGGGUCAAGAGACUUGUGGUGGAGGUGUCACCGGGUUGGCCAGUGGCACAGGAAGUCCAGGUUUUCUGUUCCUGCUGGGUGUGAUGUCAUCAGUACGCAGAUGGGAUUGGAUCACAGCCUUUCCACAGCUCCCACAGCCCCCCCCACACACACACACACAUAUAUAUACAUGAUUGGUUUGGUCGUCUAUUGCUGUACAUAGCGCUUAUUUCCUCAUUUACCAUAUGACGGCCUGUCAUUAUUUGUCUCUGUAUUGACACUUUUUUGACGAUGCGUUUGCUACAGUGGUGCCAGAAUAAACUUUUGUUGUUUUUGUAA